AUAAAGCGUUAGCCAAAACUUUCUACAUCACACCAUUUGUGGAGAUUGGUCAGUAUAGCCAAAUAUUAUGUCAUUUUUCUUUCGAGUUUAUAUAUUUCAAAGUCUUCACUUCACCAUUUUUUCCUUUCAUCAUGCUACGUACGUUCUGACUUGUCUUCUUUACCAUACAAGAUAGUGACACACACACACACUUGCCUCUAAGUGGUUAAACACCAUUUUCAUUUUCUUUUCUUUCCCCCAAGAAAAACUGACAAGGAAGAACAUGGAUAAAGCUAUGACGAAACUUGGAAGCUUUUGGGUCUCCAAGAAAGCCAAGGAAGAGAUUUCCCACAUAACCAACGACUUAUCUUCUUUCUCAAAUACGGUUGAAGACAAGGCUAAACUUUUCAUCAACAAGCUCAAAGGAAAAACUCAGAAAGCCUUACCGGAUCUCCUACGAGAGAACAACCUUCCUCCAGGUCUGUUUCCUCGUAACAUAACAUGCUAUGAGUUUGAUGAAUCAAAAGGAAAGUUGAUAGUGCACUUGUCGUCCCCUUGUGAGGUAUGCUUCAAGGACUCAUCCAUUGUGAGAUAUUCUAAUCGUGUGAAAGGGACACUGUCAAAGGGGAAACUCAUUGUUAUAGAUGGUAUGAAAACCAAGGUUCUUAUGUGGGUUAAGGUCACAAGUGUUUAUGUUGAGAGUUAUAAGUCUGACAAAGUAUGGUUCACUACUACUGGUGUUAAGAAAUCAAGGCCUAAAGAUGCCUAUGAAAUGCCUCGUGAAGCUAUUAAGGUUGAAGAGUUUUGAUUCCAAUGAAUAUAGACAUAGACUUAUUAAUUAUUGAAACAUUCAUUAACUCAAUUUGUGUGUGGAAUUUUAAAGGUGUGAAGCUAUGAGAUAUAUAUGAUAGUGUAGUAUACUUGGAUUGGAAAUAAUAUGUACAUUAUACUUUAUAUUGUGUUGUGAUCUCUGUUAAGAAUGUUAAGAAGAGCACUUUGUGUUUGCAAA